UCUCAAAAUUUACUGAAAUUGCCACUGUUUUCGAGUUUGUUGGUUCUCCGAUCUCGGCGGUGUCUUCUUCUCCGGUGGAUAUUCUCGUUUUGAAAACCUUCCGGUAGUGUUUGACUGAGCUACGAAUAUGCCGGUGGUUUCUCUGGCUAAGGUUGUUACUUCUCCGGCGGUGGCCGGAGAUUUAACGGUUCGUGUUCCGUUCAUUUAUGGGAAACGACUCGUGACGAAUCGUGUUUCUUUCGGGAAAUUGAGGAGCCGGAAUUGUAUAGGUCAUUGCGUAAGAAGCGAAUUGCAGAGUCCUCGUGUCUUAGGUUCCGUCACAGAUUUAGCGUUGGAUAAUUCUGUGGAGAAUGGUCAUCUUCCCAAAGGAGAUUCAUGGGCUGUACACAAAUUUGGAGGAACUUGUGUGGGAAAUUCUGAGAGGAUAAAGGAUGUUGCUGAUGUUGUUGUUAAGGAUGACUCUGAGAGGAAGUUGGUGGUUGUGUCAGCAAUGGCGAAAGUCACUGAUAUGAUGUAUGAUCUUAUUCACAGAGCACAGUCUCGGGAUGAUUCAUAUCUGUCUGCUUUGAGCGGUGUUCUUGAAAAGCACCGAGCAACGGCUGUUGACUUGCUUGAUGGAGAUGAACUCGCGAGUUUCUUGGCUCGGUUAAAUGAUGAUAUAAACAAUCUCAAAGCAAUGCUUCGUGCCAUUUACAUAGCUGGUCAUGCAACAGAAUCUUUCUCAGACUUUGUUGUGGGUCAUGGAGAGUUGUGGUCUGCUCAGAUGUUAGCUGCUGUUGUGAGAAAGAGUGGAUUGGACUGCACAUGGAUGGAUGCAAGGGAUGUGCUUGUUGUUAGUCCAACGAGCUCUAAUCAAGUCGACCCUGACUUUGUGGAAUCAGAAAAGAGACUGGAAAAAUGGUUUACUCAGAACUCGGCAAAGAUUAUUAUAGCAACUGGCUUCAUAGCCAGUACACCACAGAACAUUCCAACGACUCUCAAGAGGGAUGGGAGUGACUUCUCUGCAGCUAUAAUGGGUGCUCUGUUUAGAUCUCACCAACUCACAAUCUGGACAGAUGUUGAUGGUGUGUACAGUGCAGAUCCAAGGAAAGUUAGUGAAGCUGUUGUACUGAAGACUCUUUCUUACCAAGAGGCUUGGGAAAUGUCUUACUUUGGGGCAAACGUUUUACAUCCUCGGACCAUUAUUCCAGUGAUGAAAUAUGACAUCCCAAUUGUAAUAAGGAAUAUUUUCAACCUCUCUGCCCCUGGAACAAUGAUAUGUCGGCAGAUUGAAGAUGAAGAUGGAUAUAAAUUAGACGCUCCUGUCAAAGGGUUUGCGACGAUUGACAAUUUGGCUCUUGUAAAUGUGGAAGGAACUGGAAUGGCUGGUGUUCCUGGUACUGCCAGUGCCAUUUUUUCUGCUGUCAAGGAAGUUGGAGCUAAUGUUAUUAUGAUCUCACAGGCUAGUAGCGAGCAUUCUGUGUGCUUUGCUGUACCUGAGAAGGAAGUGAAAGCUGUUUCUGAAGCAUUGAACUCACGAUUUCGUCAAGCUUUGGCUGGUGGCCGCCUUUCCCAGAUUGAAAUCAUCCCUAAUUGUAGCAUAUUAGCAGCAGUUGGCCAGAAAAUGGCGAGCACUCCUGGUGUUUCUGCCACUUUUUUCAGUGCGUUAGCAAAGGCCAAUAUCAACAUCCGUGCUAUAGCUCAAGGUUGCUCCGAGUUCAAUAUUACAGUAGUCGUCAAGCGUGAAGAUUGCAUUAGGGCAUUAAGAGCUGUGCACUCAAGAUUUUACCUUUCGAGAACCACUUUGGCAGUGGGAAUUAUAGGACCGGGAUUAAUUGGUGGAACCUUACUUGAUCAGAUUAGAGAUCAGGCGGCAGUGCUCAAAGAAGAAUAUAAAAUUGACUUGCGUGUUAUAGGGAUCACAGGCUCAAGUAAAAUGUUGAUGAGUGAAUCGGGGAUUGACUUAUCAAGAUGGAGAAAACUUAUGAAAGAAGAAGGAGAAAAAGCUAACAUGGAGAAGUUCACCCAAUAUGUGAAGGGAAAUCAUUUCAUUCCAAACUCUGUUAUGGUUGAUUGUACGGCCGAUGCUGAUAUCGCUAGCUGUUACUACGACUGGUUGCUACGAGGAAUUCAUGUGGUCACUCCGAACAAAAAGGCCAACUCUGGACCACUUGAUCAGUAUCUAAAGAUAAGAGAUCUUCAAAGAAAAUCAUACACACAUUACUUUUAUGAAGCAACCGUUGGAGCUGGUCUUCCAAUUAUCAGCACCUUACGUGGUCUCCUCGAAACAGGGGAUAAAAUACUGCGAAUUGAGGGAAUUUUCAGUGGUACUUUAAGUUACCUCUUCAACAACUUUGUCGGCACCAGAAGCUUCAGUGAAGUUGUAGCAGAAGCAAAGCAAGCAGGUUUCACAGAACCAGAUCCACGAGAUGAUCUAUCUGGAACAGAUGUUGCUAGAAAAGUAACAAUCCUUGCCAGGGAAUCAGGCUUAAAAUUGGAUCUUGAGGGCCUUCCAGUCCAGAAUCUUGUGCCAAAGCCGCUACAAGCUUGUGCAUCAGCAGAAGAGUUCAUGGAGAAGCUACCUCAGUUUGAUGAAGAAUUAUCCAAACAAAGAGAAGAGGCUGAAGCAGCAGGAGAAGUCUUGAGAUACGUAGGAGUUGUAGACGCAGUAGAGAAAAAGGGAACAGUCGAGUUGAAACGGUACAAAAAAGAUCAUCCAUUUGCUCAGCUCUCGGGCGCUGAUAACAUCAUCGCUUUCACAACCAAACGGUACAAAGAACAGCCUCUGAUUGUUCGUGGCCCUGGUGCUGGUGCUCAAGUCACAGCCGGUGGAAUCUUCAGUGACAUUCUUCGCCUUGCAUUCUAUCUCGGGGCUCCGUCUUAAGGCACAAUCGUUUCUUGUAGGAACAAAUCUAAUGAUCAAACCCUGUUUCUACAUGCUAGAUCUGUAAUUUGGAUUCCAUAGAUUUUGAUUCUUAUAGAUGAAACCAAACGUCAUGGUAAUAAAACACUUUAGGAAAAAAUUGAAUAAAGGCUGUUGGUAUCA